AAACGGUUUAGUGUUCAAAUGCCCCAAAUCUACUUUUUGGGGGAGAUGUUUUCCUGAAUUUUCUUGUGCUUACCUGUGCAGCUAUAAAUGCUGUUCUCUUCAUUUAUUCUUUGGCUAAAUGUUGUAGUGAUGUCAGUGAAGUGGCUCAGUCAUUGGUGGAUGGUGGAUGCGCUUUUACGCACAGGAUUUUGCGCGCAGCUGUGGACUCGGAUGUAAACAAGCGGCUUCUGUUUGGUGUUUUCAUUUUCAAAAAGGGUCCUCCAAAAAUCCAAAUUGAGCCGCCUGGGAUUUUGAAUGUUUCGUAAUCUGGUCACAGCAGUUUGAGCGUUCCUCCUUGUUUCUGUAUUUCGCAGGGAGCAACGGCGGCCCCGCCCACCCCGCUGCCUUUCCACCUCUCCCCCAGCGGCUCUGCGAACAGGCGGAGAGCGUCGCGAUACGAGGCGCUGCGUGAGCACAGCACUGCCGCGAUGGAAUGAGCGCUCAUCUGGACGUCCUUUUCAGACUGAAGCCACCGGAACGCAGAGAGGGCCGGCAGCAUCCACGAGACCUAUGAUCUGCACUGAUUUAAAGAAGUAAAAAAACCGAGGAUUUCCUUCUUCAGCUGCAUCAGCACCUCCUCUUUCUGUAAACCUCUUUUCUGGACAACACUUGCAUCCGUCCAUCACUGGGCUGAGGGGAGGCUGAUAUAGGCAUUUGAUCAGGAGGAAGAAGCUUCAGGAGACAGCAGGGGUGGCCAAGCAAGGAUGGAGGCUCUGAUUCCCCUGAUAAAGAGUCACCCAGGCCUGUCAGUCCUGGCAUUCUCUCUUGUGUUCAGGCUGACCCAUUGGCUGCUACAAAAUCUGCCCGUGCCCAAGGUGGUGAGGCAGGAUGCCUUUCGCUCAUGGAAGUGGAAGAAUCUCUCUGUCUCCAUGGUGCACUCCGUCCUGACUGCAGCCUGGGCCCUGACCUGUUUUGUAGUUUCCCCGGAGCUGUUGAGCAACAUCCGCUCGUACAACACACCCCUGUCCUACCUGCUGGUUUGCAUCUCCACAGGAUACUUUGUGCAAGAUGCAGCUGAUAUUAUCCUGACAGGACACGCAAAGGGAUCAUGGGAGUUCUUACUCCACCAUGCAGUGGUAAUAUGGUGUUUCUUGUACACCCUCUACACUCACCUGUUCAUCGCGGGGGCCGUGAUCGCCCUCUUCGUGGAGGUGAACAGCAUAACCCUGCACUUGAGGCUGAUGCUGAAGCUGGCGAGUGCUCAGGACUCUUCCCUGUACUACGUCAACAAGUUUGUCAACCUCAUCACCUAUGUCACCUUUCGCCUGAGUGCUCAGUUCUACCUCACCUGGUACCUCACCAGCAACUACUCCAGCUUGGAGCACAGCGGAUACUUUUUAACCUCCAUCAUGGUGAUGAAUAUCAUGAUUCUUAUUUAUUUCUACCGUUUGCUUCGCGCUGACUUCUUCCCACGGAAAACACACUUUGCGGGACAAAACGGUGUACACAGGAACAACUCCAAGAAAUUUCUCAGUGAUUGACUGAGAAAAGUGGUUCACUCUUUUUUUGUAUCUAUUUAAGGUGGUAGUUUACAUUUUUUGUCAGUUUUAAAUGAAAACCGACAUCAUGCCUUUUGACCACAUGUCUCUGUUGUGUCUCACUGCUAAAGAACAAACGUCUAAAAACACAAGUGGCCAAACAACAUGUAGCCUGUUUCAGGUGCUGCUUUCAUUAAGAAAUUCCAUCAUAAAUAUCUUAAUACAAGGUCAUUUUAACUAAAUCAUCAAUUUUGGGCAAAGCUAAAACAUUUUUCAAGUAUUUGUUCUUUUGUUUUCCACAGCCUGAAAACAACUUGUGAGUUUAUUGGUGUGACUUAGAUGAUACAAUUCACAACAUUCCUGCUAACUCAGUAAAACGGAAAAAGUUUCUAUGUGACCACUAACAGAUUUGUAUGUCUUGUUAUAUAUUUAUUUGAUAUCUAUCAUUUUUGUUGAUAAGUUGUUUAAGCAUUUUUUUGUGCUUCAUUUAUGGCUUUUUUGGGAUUUUUUUGAAUAUCUUCUCCACACCUUUGGUAUGCAGGAUUUGGAACAGCUUUUUGGGGAUUUUAGUGAUUUUCUAGUGUACUCUGAGUUGGGAUCUCUGUCGUUGGAAUUUCCUGCUAAAGUUUCUGUAGUGAUUUUAACCUGGAGCAUUUACUGAUGGAAAACUAAAACAUUAUCUCUUAAAUUCCAAACAACCUUACAUUCAACAGUAGUCCACCAGCACGCCAGAUUUUUCCGGUUGUUAAUUGCAAAUUUUUCCGAAUGUCCGGCUUUCCAUAUUUUGCUCCUCAGACCAGUUGCUAUGAGCUAUUCUCCAUUCAAUCUUGCCAGGUUGUGUUUUCCAAUCUCCAAAAGUUGGAAUUACAUCCAGUAGCUGUUAAUUUUUUUAGCAUGAAAAAUCUACUGGCAAGUUUUGUAAAUAUGAUAAGGAAAUAAAUCUAAAAACCUAAAAAAAUUAGGUGUAGUUUAGAUGUCUUUCUUGUCAUUUGUGAGUGAUCUUGGUUUGUGUCUUGUUGCCAGUUAGCUUCGUGAUUGAGGCUGAUCAUUUGUGAUGUCCUCCUUGUUUUAUUGUGUUUGUGUAUAGUAUAGAACUUCAAUGUUGUUCAAUUUUGUAAAGGAAAUUCCACUUCUUGCUAUUGCAAGCUUUUUUGCCAACCUGUUGUCAAUCUUUUGACAACCUUUAUAUGCAUCGUGUGGUCAUUAUCUGUAGUGAGUGAAGAGGUCUUUUUUAAAUAUUCUACCCUGUGACAGACUGGCGACCAGUCCAGGGCAUCCCCUGCCUACGCCCAAGUGGCCGGGAUAGGCUCCGGCAACCCCGUGACCCCGAAAGAGAAUAAACGGUAAAGAAGAUGAAUGAACUUUUUUAAAGGGUUUUUGUUAAACCAUGACCGGUUUUUGGUUGAAAUCUCUGACCCUGAAGUCAGAUUUUCUGUCUUUAGGACAGCAUCUCUUUGUCUUGAUGAAGCUCUUGUCUGUAGCUGAAGAGAUUACUAGACUGACAGAAACAUGUGUCAACAGCAACAUCAUUUGAGAUGUGGUUCUUGUUAAAUCUGUGUUUUGAACACUCGUUGAGCUGAAGCUGGAUCUUCCUGCCAUCUAACUGCUGCUUGUCAGGAUUUAACAUUUGAAAUGAGCAGCCAGUAGCACAAUCUUUAGUUCUCAGAUAUCUGAUGAUUGCAUACUAUCACAAAAACGGAACACAGUUUUGUGUUCUUCUGUUAAUUAUAAUUAGGACUGUUUUUUUCACUUCUUCUGAGCAAUUGAAAGCGUAGCAUAUUGUAAGUUAGACCUUCAAGAGAGCAUUCCCAAUCUAGAUAUUAUUAGUCGAUGGUGGGUUUUGUGGUAGUGAAAAACAUACAAAAAGGUGGGAUUUUUUAUGUAUUUCAGCCAAGGCCAGGAAAGUCUAAGGAGACAUAAGUCCGAUCUGCACUUAAGCGCCUUUAACCGCUGUGCCUUCUCAAACUAGAAACAAUGUGUGAAUAGUUGUACUUUGCAGUGAUGUUUAGUAGCAAAUAUGUUUUCUGUAUUAAAGUGACUUUUUGGAACUCCC